AAGACAUGAGUACUGAACUGUUUGCGGUGCUUUAAAUGACUGUUUGUGGUCUUGGAUGUGAAAGACAGCUUAGGCCUCUGGCAUUCACAGAGCUACGGAGAGUCACAGAUCCCAUCAUGUCAUCAAUCAGUAUCCUCCCCUCACUGCCAGAGCAUAGUUUCCAGUGUUCGAUCUGUCUGAAUGUCUUCACCGACCCAGUCACCACACCUUGUGGUCACAACUUCUGUAAGACCUGCCUGAGUGAGCACUGGGACAACAGCGAGUUAUGCUGCUGCCCAACUUGUAAUAAAAGAUUCUACAUGCGGCCCGAGAUCUCCACAAACACGGUCAUCGAGGAGAUUUCAGUCCAAAUAAAGAAGAGAAGAGUGGAUAAACUUGAAAGUAUUGAUGCAUCGUGGCAAGUGAAGUGUGAUGUCUGCACAGAAUUAAAGUUCAAGGCCCAGAAGUCGUGCCUGGUUUGUCUGACAUCAUUCUGUGAAGCCCACCUGGAGCCGCACCACAGGGUUCCCUCCCUGAUGAGACACAAGCUGAUCGACCCGGUGGACAACGUGGAGGAGAGAAUGUGUGAGAAGCAUGAGAGGAUCCUGGAGCUCUUCUGCCGAGAUGAGCAGGUGUGCAUCUGUCUGCUGUGCAGGGAGACGGACCACAAAGAUCAUGAGACAGUGCCUGUGGAAGAAGAAGGGGCUCAGCAGAAAGAAAAUAUUGAGUCCAAAAAAGCAAAGAUCAAAAUGAUGAUUGAGGAAAGACUGGAAAAGAUAAAGGAAUUUACAAUUUCCUCUGAAAUGAGCAGAGAGCUAGCACAAAAAGAGUUCGAUGGCAGUGAUAAGCUCUUCAAUACUCUGAUGAGUCAAGUACAAGAGAUGCAAACUAAACUAAAAUCGAACAUUGAGGCAAAGCUCAGAAAAUCACAAGACAAAGGCGAAGCAAUGAUUCAAGAGCUGCAUGAGGAAAUCACAGAACUGCAGAGAAAGCACUCGGAUCUGGAGGAGCUUUCACAAAAUGACGACCACCUACAACUUCUGCAGACUUUGCAGGUCCUCAGAACAAUGUCAGACACCAAGGACUGGUCAAGGAUCAGGGUUUACUCAGACCUGUGUGUGCAGACAGUGAGGAGAGCCAUGUCUCAUCUCGUGCGCACUUUUCAAGCAGAACUGAAAACUCUGACAAACACUGAACUUACCAGAAUGAGAAAAUAUAAAGAGUCAGUCACCUUUGACCAAGCCACUGCUGGUUGCUGCCUUGUGGUGACUGAAUUUGGGAACCGCUUGAAGUACUCCAAAACUGCAAGCCCCUCAUUGUCUGAUGACUCUGAGAGGUUCGAUUGUCCCAUGGUUUUAGGGACGAAGGGCUUCACCUCUGGACGGCACUACUGGGAAGUCAAAGUUGGCCUUAGAAACGACUGGGAUGUUGGUGUUGCCAAGGAAACAGUAACCAGAACAGGGAGGGUCACUCUGAAAAGAGAAAAUGGAUUCUUUGCCAUGGGAAAGAGGGGUUUUGAUUAUCAAGUUCAUUGUACACCCUACACAGUCCUCCACCUGUGUCCCAGGCCAAGAAAUGUAGGAGUUUAUGUGGACUAUGAGGAAGGCAGAGUCUCCUUCUAUGAUGUGAAUGAGAAAUUGCACAUUUACUCUUUCACAAGAGAGUCUUUCACAGAGAAACUGUUCCCGUACUUUUAUCUGUACAGCAGGGCAAAGAAGUCUGAGCCCUUGAUUAUAACUUCUCUUCAAGAUCAAGCAUCUCUCUUUUCUCUCAUUCGCUCCCUCGAAAAAGCUAAAGAAUAA